CUCGAUAAAUGCUAUUUUUUAUGCAUAAACGUAUCCAUGAGAAAGUGAGAAUCAACUCAUAAUCGAUAAUUGUCACUUCCUAAUUGUUACUUGCUACUUUUGCUAAUCGACAAUACAUAAAUUCACCAUUAGACUGGAAUUUAUUUGAUCGAUACCCAGAUGUCUGUUUAUGUCAGUUUCAUUGUAGCUAACCACCAAAAGUGACGUGAUAUGAUUUAAGUAGAUAAAAUGAAAAUGGCCCCAUUUAUUUGUACUUCAAAUUCCCAGAGUCACGUAGAUUAUGGUAUUCCUCUGCUUGCUUCAAAAAGCACAGAUUACAGAACUUGUACAGGAACAUAUCAUAGAUUCAUUCCUAGCUACCCACAACAUUUUGAUUGCCGAGUGAAAGCUAAAAUAAAGCGAGAACUAGUGGUGAAAGAUGUUGCUCUCAAAGAUGAUAUAAAGAGUUCUUAUACGAGAGAUUUCUCAUCAGAUAUCAAUCAGGAUAUACACACAAAUAAGUACCCACGAGCCACUGGUGUAGAUUCCGUCAAAUACAUACAAACAAUCCAAGAAAAGCUGAAAACAAACCCACCUCUUCCAACUGCUCAAAAAAUAUCUGAAAUGAAGGAUGCUUAUAAACCUUGCAGUCGCACUCCCAAAAUCCGAGACGUGGUUGCACCCGCUCUCUAUGCUAUUUGUGAUAUUUCAGGUUUAGGAAGACCGCUACAGCCCAUGAUACCUCCAGAAAAAGAAGGACAUUGGAAAUACUUGGAUAUAUACAUGACAGAAAAUAAACUGAAAUAUAUACCCUACAGCCGGGAUCAAAUGGAGAAAUCUAAAGAAGACAUAAUAACAUUCUACACCGGUACUGGUCAAUAUAAGGUUAGCGGAGUAUCUCUGACCGAAUUUUUUGCUGAAUACCACAGCGAUGCCCCUGGACAUUUAGAGAUCCUCUGCCACGCAGUGAGCUAG